CGACGACGAGUCUUUGCUUUUUUGGAAGAUCCGAUUUCUACUCCUCAUCCGCCCCCUCCUCCUUUCAAUCUUUCGAGAAUUGGUCCUUCUUUACGCAUCCUAUUGCAAAGAUAAUCACCUCGGCACAAAUUGAAAAGAAGACGAAAAAUCAUGCCUCCCCGCACUUCUGCACGCAGAAAGGCGCAAGCAGUCGUCGAGACCAAGGUCGAAGAGACGGCCACCACGAAGACGAACGGAGCCAAGACCACGACAGCCGCUGCAACGAAGACAAAAAGCACAGCCACUGCAAAUAAAGCAUCAGGAAAGCGCAAGGUCUCCUCAGACGACGAACACGAGGCCUGCGGAAGCUGCGCCGAGGAAGAGGAAGAGAAGCCUGCGAAGAAGAGGAAGACCACAGUAGCGAAGGGCAAGGCGAAGAAGGAGGACGACAUGCCGCUGGCAGUCAGGACAGCGGUGUCUUCGCUGAAGAGGGCGAUGUACAUUGGUGCCCAUGUCAGCGGUGCUGGUGGUGUGCAAAACUCGAUUCAGAAUGCCGUCAAUAUCGGCGCCAAUGCUUUUGCCCUCUUCCUCAAGUCACAAAGGAAGUGGGAGAGUCCUCCCCUGGCAGCCGAUGCCAAAGACCAAUUCGUGUCCCUCGCAAAGGAGAAUAACUAUGAUGCCGCUGCACACGUCCUUCCCCACGGCUCAUAUCUCGUCAAUCUCGCCCAGGCGGACGCCGAUAAGGCGAAGCAGGCAUACAAGAGCUUCAUAGAUGACCUUCAGCGGUGCGAGCAGCUGGGCAUAAAGCUGUACAACUUCCACCCGGGCAACACGGGUGGAGAGGCUCGCGAAGAGGCGUGCGGGCGCAUCGCGGCGCAGCUCAACACUGCGCACAAAGCGACGAAGAAGGUGAUUACAGUGCUGGAGAACAUGGCAGGGACUGGCAACGUCAUUGGCACAAAGUUUGAGGACUUGAAGCAAAUCAUUGACAAGGUCGAGGAUAAGGAGCGAGUUGGCGUGUGUAUUGACACUUGCCAUGCCUUUGCGGCAGGAUACGACUUGCGGACGCUGGAUAAGUUCCAUGAGACGAUGAAGGAGUUUGACGAAGUCGUUGGUAAUAAGUACCUCAAGGCGUUCCACCUCAAUGACAGCAAGGCACCCUUCGCCUCACACCGCGACCUCCACGCCAACAUCGGCACAGGCUUCCUCGGUCUCCGCGCCUUCCACACCCUCGUCAAUCACGAGCCCUUCCAGAACCUCCCUAUGGUUCUUGAGACGCCAAUCGACCACAAGGACGCAAACGGUAAGACUGUCGAGGACAAGAAGGUCUGGGCGGAAGAGAUCAAGCUCCUGGAGAGCAUGAUCGGCAUGGAUGCCGAGAGCGAUGAGUUCAAGGCGCUCGAAGUGGAGUUACAGAAGAAGGGCGCGGGCGAGAGAGACAAGAUACAGGACCAGGUAGACCGCAAGGCCGAAAAGGAUGCCAAGAAGGGGACUAAAGGGGCCAAGGGGGCCGCGAAGAAGGGCGCGGCGGCUGGGAAGGGUAGGAAGAAGAAGGUUGAGACUGACGAUGAGAGCGAGUGAAUGGACUGGGCUGGGUUCGAUGUCUGGACUGUGUAUCAAUAUGUGCCUUGUUACCUUAUGAGAGACUGGAUGCUUGGCGUGUAAAAUCCGAUUUUAAGCCCGGAACAAUAGCUGAGAGACAAUCUUGCCACAGUGACAUAUUCCAUGGCCAUGGGAUCUAUGUGCAGUGACCUCGAGGCAUCUAUGAAGUUCUGCAAUCCAGCGGCUCGUCGACCUCGGCCUUGUGCUGUGACCUAUCCUACCCAUUUCUCGUCUGAUGAAUCAGGCACCAAACUUUUUACAUAUCCACGGAAACCUCAGGCUCGAGGAGGCUUUUCCAUCCGAUCACAACAACAAGCCCAUAUAGGUCCCCCAAACUCCAUUCCAGUCACCAGCCAGCAGGCGCCCGUCUAGGUCGACGGGUCAGGUCAAACUGGCUGGGUGGUGGAGUGGUUAAAGGUCAAUAUUAAUCAUCUACACCAACCAGCCUACUCGA